AUGAGCGGUCGUUUUUCUCAUACAAUCUAUGUUGGCAACUUGCCUGCGGAUAUAAGAGAAUCAGAAAUUGAAGAUCUGUUUUACAAGUAUGGCCGUAUCCUUGAUGUUGAGUUGAAGAUUCCACCUCGCCCCCCUUGCUAUUGUUUUGUCGAGUUUGAGAAUUCUCGUGAUGCCGAAGAUGCAAUAAGGGGUCGUGAUGGCUAUAACUUUGAUGGUUGUCGUUUAAGGGUUGAGCUUGCCCAUGGUGGUAGAGGACCAUCGUCGAACGAUCGUCGUGGUGGGUAUGGUGGCGGCAGCGGCGGUGGUGGUGGGGGUAGGUUUGGCAUCUCACGCCAUUCUGAAUUUCGAGUUAUUGUUCGUGGUCUUCCUUCUUCUGCUUCCUGGCAAGAUUUGAAGGAUCAUAUGCGAAAAGCAGGAGAUGUGUGUUUUGCUGAAGUUUCUCGUGAUAGUGAUGGGACUUUCGGUGUUGUUGAUUAUACAAAUCAUGAAGACAUGAAAUAUGCUCUGGCAUGUUCUUAUGUUAUCCAGAUUCGGAAGCUGGAUGAUACUGAGUUUAGAAAUCCUUGGGCCAGAGCUUAUAUUCGGGUGAAGCAGUAUGAGGGUUCUCCAUCAAGGAGUAGGAGCAGGAGCAGGAGCCGAAGCCGAAGCAGAAGCAGAAGUCCAAGGAGGAACCGGAGCAAAUCAUUGGAACGAUCUGUUUCAAGAUCAAGGUCUCGGUCAAGGUCAAGGUCAAAGUCAAAAUCUAGAUCUGCUUCGCCUCUUAAAUCAUCAAGACCAAAAUCGAGGUCCAGGUCCAGGUCAAGGUCAGAAUCUCCCAACAAGGCGAGUCCCCCCUUGGCACGGCCUGGAAGUGCAUGA